CGCAUUUGUAGCGAGUCGUGUCCAGUGUGACGUUCUGCGUUGGGGUUUCGUGCUGCUGUUUCUGCGCCGAGAAUUUCUUCUGCUACACCCACACCCUUAAUAAGGAUAACGCCAUUGCAGUGAGGUGCUCGUGCCCGGACGCCACCAGGGCUGCCGUCGCCUUCAUAAAGGACCACCUGCAGGUGAUGACCACACGGGGCUGGGCGGACGCUGUGCUCGAGUACCCGCAAGAGGUGAUUGAAGUCAGCAGUAAGCUCGGUGAGCCACCAGCAGAAGCCAGCUCGCCGACCGCCACAGGGGGCGGAUCCCCCACCAACUCUGACCGUCAACCCCACAGCGGCCACAGCCGGACUCCUGCUGCAGCUGCGCCUCCCACGUCUGCCCGACACACCCCUCCACCUGAUGACGCAGCCGUCUCGCGCUUCCGGAGCCUUUCUGAUGCAGAGCAAGGCAGGAGGCUGAUAAAGGCGGCUGAGGAGGGGGCGGUGGAGGAGGUGCGGCUGUUGCUGGCGGCUGGGGCGGACGUGGGGGUGAGGGACUGGGCCGGGGAGACCGCCCUGCACUGGGCUGCAGUGAGAGGCCACGCGGCUGUGGUGCGGCUGUUGAUCUCUGCGGCGUCCGACCCCAACGCCAGGGAUCAGUGGUGGCGGACGCCGCUGCACUGGGCGGCACGGAAUGGCCACGCAGAAGCGGCGGCUGCGUUGCUGCAGGCUGGAGCCGACAGGGGGAAGACGGAUGAACAUGGGGACACCCCCCUGGACUACGCCAGGCAGUACGACCAACACCAUCUCGUCGAGAUGCUAACACAGCGUUAAUACGUGCCACUAGAGAAAAUGACAUGUACUUCAUUCUACAUAACAUUA